GGCGGUCUGAACCAGAACCCUCAGACGUCCUCUGGUCUGAUGUCCGUUCAUGUGUUGGUCUCCAUCAGUCAUUCAGAUUCACACAGGCUCCAGCAGGUGGCACUAAUAUAACUGUGAGGAUACCAGCUACUGCCAAAGAAGAAGAAAGCGGACGAGAAGGAGGCGCAGAAGAAGAAGCCGUCAGUUAGCAUUAGCCUUAGCGCAUUAAAGUCCACACGUCACUGCUGCCGUGUGAUGUGGCGGUCAUGUCUCUCUGUGUGCCUGUCUGUCUCUCUCAGGUGUGAUGUGGCGGUCAUGUCUCUCCAGGUGACCUUGCAGCAGAGGAUUGCUUCGGCUCAGGUGUUGCUGCAGCGGGCGGAGCUUCUGUGUCCGGGCGUUGAGGGUCAUCAGAAACUGUGUUCGAAGCUGCGGGCAGAGCUGCGCUUCCUUCGUCGGGUGGAGGCCGGAGAGCUGCAGGUGAAGGAGUCUCACCUGCACAGCACCAACCUGACUCACCUGACGGCCAUCGUGGAAUCAGCUCAGAGUCUGGAGGGCGUGGUUGCUCUGCUGCACGUCUUCACCUACCAGGAUGCUGCCGGAUGCCGCCGGACGCUGGUGGUGGACGUGGUGGCUAAUGGGGGCCACACCUGGGUGAAGGCGGUGGGCAGGAAGGCGGAGGCUCUGCACAACAUCUGGCUGGGGCGGGGCCAGUACGGUGACAAGAGCAUCAUUGGGCAGGCGGAGGACUUCCUGCAGGCGAGCCGGCAGCAGCCCGUCCAGUACCGACACCCCCACAUCGUCUUCGCCUUCUACAACGGCGUCUCCUGCCCCAUGGCCGACCGCCUAAGGGACAUGGGCGUCUCUGUCCGCGGGGACAUUGUUGCCGUCAACACUGUAGUGGUGGAGGAGGGAGGAGAUGAGGAGGACCUGGAGGAGGAGGAGGAGGAGCCAACUGAAGAUGGCAACGAUGAGAAGGCGGAGUCUGAGCUGACCCGAGUGGACCGUGGCAUGGUGGUGGCCAGUCUUGAGUUUCCCGCUCAGGUGCAGGUGGAGGAGUGUCGGCGCGUUAACCUUGACAUCACCACGCUCAUCACGUACGUGUCGUCGCUGAGUCACGGCCGCUGUCACUUCACCUUCAGAGAGCCAGUGCUGACGGAGCAGGCGGCUCAGGAGCGCUGCCUGCAGGUGCUGCCACAGCUCAACGCCUUCAUGGAGGGGAAGGAGCUAUUUACCUGUCGCGCCGCCGUCCACGACUUCCAGGUGAUCCUGGACACGCUGGGUGGGCCGGGCGAGAAGGAGCGUGCUCAGAAACUGCUCGCCCGCCUCCACGUGGUGGACGACCGACCGUCGGAGCGCACGCUGCACCUCACGCCCAGCGCCAAGGUCAACCGCCGUUCGCUCACGAUCUUCGGCACUGGAGACUCACUGAGGGCCGUUACCAUGACAGCAAACAGCCGCUUUGUCAGGGCGGCAGCCAAUCAGGGCGUCCGGUACAGUGUAUUCAUCCACCAACCGAGAGCUCUGACCGAGGGCAAGGAGUGGAGGGCCACGCCCAUCUGAACCUUCAUGUGCAGGGGCUGAUGGGAGUUUGAGUUUAUCAGCUUGUCUGGUGAGGCGAGGGGGGUUCAGUCAGCUGAUUGUUCUGUCAAUGAAGCAUUACAUCACUUCCUGCUCGGCUGGUGUCGGGUGGAAAUAAACUCUUAAUAACAGCUGAUUGACUUUAGUUAAUGAGUGAUGACGUCAUGUAAAAUGAAUCAAAGCUGAUUAAUAAAAAAUAAAAAAUGAAUCAAACGUG